GAUGGAAAAGUCGACUCUGACUUUAGUCGAAAAUCGAUCUUUUAUUAGAAAUAAUAGACUUUUUAGGAUCGAUUCAUGCUUGUCUUGAAUCGAUUAAAAUCGACUUUUACUCGAUGACUUUGACAGUUGAUGAAUUAAGAUAAUCACUAUAAGAUUACUUUUAAAAUCACAAUACAAAGUACCAAUCGAAGCGUUUCUUUAUAACUAGCCUCUUUCUGAUUUUCUGAUUGGUCUAUAACAAUAUAAUGUUUAUAUUGCCGCCGGUAAUUGAUGUAAUUAACUUUUUAAUAUACGGUACAUAGUAUUGAACAAUUCUUUAUCAUGGCUCCCAGUUUGAUAUGGGCCUAUUGCACAAAAGUUAACAAUGGCAGUAAAGUUAAGUGUGAUUUAUGUCAUAAACAGUUUUUGUUUAAUAAAAGCACAUCAAUGAUGAAGCACUUACAAUGUGCUCACAAGAUUGCUCCUCCGUCAAGUAAUGAAAGAUUGAAUGACAGUCACAAUGAUUUCGAAGUUCAGCCUAAAAAAGUUUUAGUCGCUGUCGAAUCAUCUGUUCCAUCGGUUGCUUUGGUACCUCAAACAAAAUCAUCUGUUCAAGAAAAUUCCACAGUACAAUCUCAGGUCCAAGGUCCUAUGGAUCGUUGUAUAAACAAUGCUAAUUCUUUUUCAGGUAGUAGUGAAUUGAAUUAGGAAACAACGUUAAUCUUAUUAAUUUCUUCUAUCAUGCAUUUUCAUUGUUUCCUAGCUUUAUUGACAUAUUAACCUUUCUUCACGGAAACUGAGAUGAAGACUGUUGAGCUGGGCGCUUAUCUCAUGGAAGAGAGGAAAACAAUAGAAAAUUUGAGCUUGAAAUUAAGAAAUAUAUGCAAUGACUGGGGUCUUGAUGAUAGUAAAAUAGCAGCAUUCGUUUCAGACGGGGGCGCAAACAUCAAAGGAGCUAUUAAAAGUGAGUUCGGCGAUGGGAAACACAUUUCAUGUUUUGGACAUGUAAUAAAUAAUAUUGGUCAGCGCCUUAUCGAAGUUAAUAUUACUCCACCUGCAUCUGAAUCUCGAAAUCAAGUUUCCGACUUACCCGCUGAUGAAAAUGAUGCUAUUGACAAUCUUGAAGACUUAAUUACAGAUCAUACUGAGCAAUCCUCAUUGCGUGAGCUAUUGUCAAAAGUUAAACAAAUUGUCACAUUCUUUCGACAAAGUGAAAGAGCGACUACAGAGCUGCUGAAAUUACAGAAGGACAAGCCUGAAAAUUCUCGUCUGAAAUUAAUUCAGGAAGUGCGAACGAGAUGGAACUCCUGUUUUGAAAUGGUUGACCGUUUCAUUGUGCUUGCUGAUCAUGUCAGUAAAGUGCUUUUACAAGUGAAGAUGGACAAAUCUUUGAAAGCUAAGCCACCUAACAUGAUCACAGGUGAGGAAAUCGAUGCGUUAGUAGAAGUUCGUGACAUCUUAAAACCUCUCUUGCAAAUAACUCAAGAAGUUUGUUUUGAGAAAUGUGUAACAUUGAGCAAGUGCAUUCCUUUGAUUUCAAGUCUUAGAAAAAAGAUUGAAGAGUUAACGCCAGAAACUUUAAUUGGGCGACAUUUGAAAAAGAGAAUGGUUCAAGACAUCGAAACAAAAUACGGCAAUAUUGAAUCCGUAAAACUGUACGCUUGUGCAUCAUUGGUUGAUCCUCGUUAUAAAAAGUUUGGUUUUCAAAGUAUUCGGGAUUCUGCACGAGCGGUAACUAAUGUCGCUGAUCUUGUCAAGACAGAACGAAAAUUAGCAUUGGCAGCAACGCUGGCAAAUAUUAACCCUCAAGAUGAGAUAUUAGCUAUUUGAGGUCCGGAAUCUCAGAAAACGAACGAUGACAAUGAUGAUUUAUGGUCUUAUUUUGAUAACACUGUGAGUUGUAGUUCCAAUCUUGCAGAUUCUGAUGAGGCUGGAGGAUUACCAAUACAAUUACGACAAUAUUUGACACGCCCGACAAUAUUUGACACGCCUAAUCCGUUCACUGUGUGGGAAAGUAUGAAAUAUGAAUAUCCGUAUCUAUGGAAAGUAGCUAAAAAGUACUUGCCAAUAGUUGCAACGUCUGUACCCUGUGAGCGAUUAUUUUCACAUGCAGGACUUAUCGCAAAUCAGUUGAGGAGUCGCUUAUCACCUCAGCACAUUAAUGAGCUAAUAUUUUUAAGAUCAAUCGGCGAAGAAAUGUGGUUUUCGUAGUUAUUUAUUUUUAAAUUUUUUGUUUUUUAAUUAAAAAAAGCAAUUUUAUUAUCCAAUACCAAAAUGUAUGCAAUGAAAUCCUAAAAUACUUUUUAUAAUAUGUUAAAAACUAAAAAAAUAUUGAUAUAUCUAAUGAAUUUCGUGUACGAGUUGCUUAAUUUAUAAAAAGUCAACUUAAGUCACAAAAGUCGACUAUCGGGGUUGAUUAAUUGACUUCCAGAAUCGAAAAACUAGAAGUCAAUUCCAAAGUCAAAAAUCGAUUCCGCUCGCG